CCGCGGCUCUGCUAGGGGUCUGCGGGGCUGUGGCCGGUGCAGCUGAGGUGCGACUCGGAGCGGAGACGCGGGGGCAGUGCCAGGCGCAGGCCAAGAAGGGCUGGGCCGUUCACUCGGGAUGCGGCGCUGAGGCCCAGCAUGGCCGCCUUGGGCCCCACCUUCCCACUGCACCGGCUAGUCUGGGCGAACCGGCAUCGCGAACUGGAGGCCGCGCUGCACAGCCGCCAGGUGAGGACCUGCGGUGGAUCCGGUUGGUCCCCCCUGCCGAGCACAACAUUGAACAGGAGGAUCCCCGAGGACGGACCCCCCUGGAGCUGGCUGUGUCCUUGGGGAACCUGGAGUCUGUAAGAGUCCUUCUUCGACAUAAUGCCAACGUGGGCAAAGAGAGCCACCAGGGCUGGGCAGUCCUGCAGGAGGCAGUCAGCACUGGAGACCCUGAGAUGGUACAGUUGGUACUUCAGUAUCGGGACUUCCAGAGGGCCACACAGAGGUUGGCUGGCAUUCCAGAACUGCUCAAUAAACUCCGUCAGGCCCCUGAUUUCUACGUGGAAAUGAAGUGGGAAUUCACCAGCUGGGUACCCCUUGUGUCUAAGAUGUGCCCGAGCGAUGUAUACCGUGUGUGGAAGCGUGGUGAGAGCCUGCGAGUGGAUACUAGUCUCUUGGGCUUUGAGCACAUGACCUGGCAACGUGGCCGGAGGAGCUUCAUCUUCAGGGGUCAGGAGGCAGGAGCCUUGGUGAUGGAGGUGGACCAUGACCGUCAGGUGGUGCACACAGAGACACUAGGUCCAGCUCUGCAUGCACCGGAAGCACUGCUGGCUGCCAUGCGGCCCAGUGAGGAACACGUCGCCAGUCGCCUCACCUCGCCUAUUGUCUCCACCCACCUGGACACUCGCAACGUGGCCUUCGAGAGGAACAAAUGCGGUAUCUGGGGAUGGCGGUCUGAGAAGAUGGAGACCGUUAGUGGCUACGAGGCCAAGGUGUACAGUGCCACCAACGUGGAGCUGGUGACACGCACAAGAACGGAGCACCUCUCUGAUCAGGACAAGUUAAGGAGCAAAGGGGGGAAGACUCCGCUCCAGUCCUUCCUGGGGAUGGCCCAGCAGCACUCCUCCCACAGUGGGGCUCCAGUGCAGCAGGCAGCCAGCCCCACCAACCCCACAGCAAUUUCCCCGGAGGAGUACUUUGACCCCAGCUUCAGCCUGGAAUCAAGAAACAUCGGCCGCCCCAUUGAGAUGUCCAGCAAAGUACAGAGGUUCAAGGCAACGCUGUGGCUAAGUGAGGAGCAUCCACUGUCCCUGGGUGAUCAGGUGACACCCAUCAUUGACCUGAUGGCCAUCAGCAAUGCUCAUUUUGCCAAGCUGCGGGAUUUCAUCACGCUACGCCUCCCACCAGGCUUCCCUGUCAAGAUUGAGAUUCCCCUCUUCCAUGUGCUCAAUGCCCGAAUCACCUUCAGUAACCUGUGUGGCUGUGAUGAGCCUGUAAGCUCGGUGUGGGUCCCUGCCCCCAAUUCUGCCAUUUCGACUUCAGGAAGCCCUUUUCCAUGUGAGGUGGACCCCACUGUGUUCGAGGUGCCUGAGGGGUACAGUGUGCUGGGUGCUGAACGUAGUGAACCCCUUCGAGAUGAGGAUGAUGACUUGCUGCAGUUUGCCAUCCAGCAGAGCCUACUUGAGGCCGGCACAGAGGCAGAGCAGGUGACUGUGUGGGAAGCCCUGACCAACACGCGGCCUGGCAUUCUUCCUCCUCCCCAAGUCACGGUGUUUGAAGAGCAGCUUCAGCUGGAGCAGGCCCUCCAGGAGAGCCUGCAGUUGUCCACAGAGUCCAUGGGGCCAGCAUCUCCUCAGAGAACAUCUCCAUCUCCUGCACCCCCAAGUUUUGAGGAGCAGCUUCGCCUGGCCCUGGAGUUGUCUUCCAGGGAACAGGAGGAGCAGGAACGACGGGGUCAGCAGGAGGAAGAAGACCUACAGCGGAUCCUGCGGCUGUCACUCACAGAGCACUGAGCUGGCUGGCCCUGGAGAGGCUCUCCCUCCGGGGUCAUUCCUUCUGCCUGUUUUCUAUUUAUUUAUUAUUUAUAAACUGCUGCUGAGCUUGGGGUCUGGAGCCCUGGAGGUAGGCUGGCAGUGUGGCCGAGGUGGAAAUAAAGAGACCGUCAGCAGUG